AUGAAUUCAGAGGGUACUGCAUUUGGUUAUGUGAAUGCAAAAAAAAAUGGGAAAAUUACUGUAGCUCUUAAUCACCUAAUCAAAAACGAUAAAUACAAAGUAUAUGGCAAUUGGGUAUGUCGAGAAUGGAAUUGUCAACACAAGCCACAAUGCCGGGACAAAUGGGCAUGUCAAAGAGAAUGGGAAUAUCGAAACAAAAUGCAAUGUAAACACAAACCCAAGUGUCGAAAUGGAGAUAAAUGUCGAUACAACCAGUGUAUAUGUCCAAACUCUUGGUGGCGACCUCGACAUGCAGAGUAUUGUCAAGAAGCAUGGGUAACUCAAAACAACUGGAAUUGUAAACAUUUGAAAAAAUGUAAUGAUCGACAGAAUUGCCAGCACGAGACAAAAUCCAAAGAUGAUGAAUGGGUUUGUCAACACGAGAUAAAAAAAAACUCGCUUAGUCAAUACAAAUGUGAAAGUGAAUGGGUUUGUCGACACAAAUGUCAAAGCGAAAGGGAAUGUCAACAUGAAUGGCAAUGCCAAAAUGGAUGGCAGAGUGCUCAAUAUACUCGGGAGGAGUUAAUCGAAUGUCUAAAAAAAACACCAGAAGAACAGAUUGAUUUUUUCAAGCAGCCUUGCAAGAAAUGUAAAAAUGAGAGUUCAAUUUCUAGUUUCCUUCUGUAUAAGCACCAGCCAGAAAGUUUAAAUAAAAAACCUGACCUUGAGAUCGUCUGUCAUCUAGUAUGGAACAAUUUUUACAGAGUGUUCGGCGAUUGGAAAUGCAAUAAUUGCAAAGCAUCUUGGGAAAGUGCUUAUACUUGGAUAUCGCUUCAAAAGUUUAUAGAAAAAACUCGAGGAGGUGAUUUGAUAAAAGAGGAUUUUUAUGUGGUGGAAUCGUGCAAAGAAAAACUCUGCAAGAGAUUAGAAUCAACUAGCAUUUUAAAAGAAUUCAAACCUCUAACACAAUCAAAGAGUAAAAAGCUUCCUCAUAGACGGGAUUUAUGUCAAAAAUGUCUGCAUUAUGAGAAUUGUACCCAAACUGGUGUCUAUUUUGGUUAUCAAAAUUCUCAGAAGAAAUAA